AUGCUGUGCGCAAUCUCCGGCGAGGCCCCCCAGGAGCCUGUCGUGUCCAAGAAGACCGGCACCGUCUUCGAGAAGCGACUCAUUGAGAAGUACAUAGAGGAGAAUGGCAAGGAUCCCGUUACAGGCGAUGAGCUCGACCUCGAGGAUCUUUUGCCUUUAAAGUCUUCCAGAAUCGUCUAUCCCCGUCCGCCCACACUGACCUCGAUCCCCGCCCUUCUCUCCACCUUCCAGAACGAGUGGGACUCUCUCGCACUGGAGACGUACAAGCUGAAGCAACAGCUGGCGCAGACUCGGGAGGAGUUGGCCACCGCACUUUACCAGCACGAUGCCGCCGUCCGCGUGAUUGCGCGCCUCACCAAGGAACGAGACGAAGCCCGGGACGCUCUCUCCAAGGUGACUGUGACCGCCGGCUCAGCAGGCAAUGGAGAGGCUAUGGCUGUGGACAACGAGGCUUUGCCCGAGGAGCUGGCGGCCAAGGUAGACGAAACCCACCAGAAACUGUCAAAGAGUCGCAAGAAGCGACCUGUGCCGAGUGACUGGGCUAGUGCGGACGACGUGGCAUCGUUCGACGUCAAGUCUUCUGAGUCUUUGCCGGUGCCACAAGCCACGUCGAUCGCGUUGGAGACAGGCUAUGCAGCCAUUAGCGGUCUCAAGGGCGACGUGGCCAUAUUUUCUGUCGAUGCGGCCAAGGUGGAACGAUCCCUGCGUAUCGGCGAGCCUGUCACAGAUACGGCCUGGACAGGUCAGAGUGUCAUCUUCGCGACAUCAAAGGGCUCCGUAAAGGUUUUCCAGGGAGGCAACCAGGUGGCAUCCUUCUCCGAACACGCCGGCCCGGCCACGGCGCUGGCGCUGCACCCUGGCGAAGAGAUUCUCGCCUCCGUGGGCACCGACAAGAGCUUCGUAUUUUACGACCUGAAUGAGCUAAAGAGGGUCACACGUGUCUACACCGAGUCUUCUUUGACCGCAUGCGCCUUCCAUCCAGACGGCCAUCUCUUCGCUGCCGGUACUACAUCUGGUGAUAUCAAGCUGUAUAUGACUAAGACCGGAGAGGAAGCUGCUUCUUUCAGCCUGGGCGCCCCCGUUCAGGCGCUCGUGUUCUCAGAGAACGGGUACUGGAUCGCCGCAACUGCCAAGGGACAGACUACAGUGACUAUUUUCGACCUGCGGAAAGAGGGCGACGCGGCCACGGCCAAGGUGCUUGAUAUAGGCAGCUCGGUGCAAAGCCUGGCAUGGGACUAUACAGGCCAGUUUCUGGCCACGGCCGGUCCCGCUGGCCUGACGGUUCAGCAGUACUCGAAGAGCAGCAGGAAGUGGAGCGAGCCUCUUAGGAGUGCCACGCCCGCGGUUGCUGUGCGGUGGGGCCCCAAUGCCAGUGAACUCAUCGCUGUCAACGAAGACGGGGUUUUGUCGAUUUUGGGUACUCAAGAGUCUUCAUAA